GCGGGGCGGGCCGGGAAGGCGGAAGGCCUCGGCCGGCGCGAAGGCCGACCGCUGCGUGGCUGCUCCGGCGCCGCUGUGGGAUCCACCGGCCCCGCGACCCCAGCCCGCGGCGCCAUGGCUUCGCAGCUGCUGUGGAUCUGCAACUGGAGCACGCUGGGCGUGUGCGCGGCGCUCAAGCUGCCGCAGAUCUCCUCCGUGCUGGCGGCGCGCAGCGCGCGGGGCAUCAGCCUCCCGAGCUUGCUGCUGGAGCUGGCGGGGUUCCUGGUGUUCCUCCGGUACCAGUGUUACUAUGAGUACCCGCUGCUCACCUACCUGGAGUUCCCCAUUCUCAUUGCACAAGACGUCAUUCUCCUGCUGUGUGUCUUCCAUUUCAACGGGAACGUGAAGCGGGCAGCUCCAUACAUAGCCCUAUUGGUGUCUUCGUGGUUUGUGCUCACCCUGCAGAAGUGGAUCAUAGAUCUGGCCCUGCAUUUAUGUACUUUCAUCAGUGCGGCCAGUAAGUUCGCUCAGCUCCAAUACUUGUGGAGGACCGCGGACUCGGGAGCUGUGAGCGCACUGACAUGGAGCCUCGCUUCCUACACCUGUGCGGCAAGAAUAGUAACGACUUUAAUGACCACCAGUGAUCUUACAAUGCUUACACGUUUUGUGAUUAUGCUGGCUUUAAAUAUAUGGAUAACAGCUACAGUACUUCGCUACCGGGUGACUGCUGAAAAGGCUGAAUGAUGGAUAUAUUACACCUAUAUACACAGUGGAUUUCAAAUAACUGGACCAAAGGGAAAAAAAGCUCAUUACUAAAUCAUGGUCUUUAAUAAAUUUUGUUGUCUCAGAAACUUUGAAGCCAAAGGUAUUUUAGACAUGAAAGAGCCACUUAAACACUCGUUUAAAAUGUCCAUUUCCCUACCUCUCCAUCCACUUCAUUAGGCUAAGGUAGGGCUCAAGCACCUGCAGUUUUGAAGACUGAUGAUCGAUGGAAGUCGUCCAAGAAGCCCAUUUUGAGAUGAUCAAGUUCUCUCUAAAAAGCUAACUACAUGUUUUUCAGUGUUUGGAAUCAAAGUCAUCCUUUCCACAGCAUAAGUGAACAUGGGGUGGGAUUCUGCUUAAAGUCAGAAGUGGAACUGCAUUGAACUACUAGGGUUCACUUUGUGGGACUGUUUAAUUGUAACACAGAACAGGAUGGCCUUUUUCUAUCAUAAUACAGCAUAAUAUAAUCCUUAGGCUAUAGCAAGGCUUUCCAGGCAAGCCAAAAUGUAACUUGAGUUCCUUCACCAGAGCAGUCCUUUAACUUCAUACUGUGCUUUUAAUUCCUAACAAAAGGUACUUCUACCUGCAGUCUCUACUUACCAUAAGGCAAUGCCAGUGAACUUCCUGAUUCAGGCAUGCUGCCAUUUAAAAAGGGCUACACCUACUCAAAAAAAACAGGUUUUGAAAAUAUAAGCAGUAAAAGGUAUUAUUGCUGGAUUUUUGCCCAGUUUUUAUGCAUUUUAUUUACUAUACUAUCAUAUUCUAAACAUGUUUAGAUGAUUGUAUACUGUAUUUUCCUAUAAAAGUUUAUAAACCUUAACAUUUAAAAACUUUCAACUUCUUAUUGAAUGGCAUUGUUAUACAAAGUAAAUGAGGUUUACUAGAAAGGUUUUAGCUUCCUAUGUAAAAAUUUUCAUAUUUUGAACUCUGCUGAAUCUUAAAACUGUCAGUUGUUUCAAUGUGAUUAGUUUUAAGUUAUGUAAAGUAGUUUUUAAAAUAUCAACUGUGCUCAAUCCUUUGAGAACUACUGCUUGGGACCAGCAGGAAAAGAAACAUGGAUCUAAAAAUAAAUAAUAAAUCAUUCAUUCUAUAGUUUUAAAAAUCAUAGUUGUCAUUUAAAAAAAACCCAAGUGAAUCUUUUCAUAUGCAGUUAUAAAUGUAACUAUUAGUAAAAAUAUAAAUUAUGUGAAGAUUUUUAGUCCAAUAAAUAUUUUCUUUAAGAACA